UGCAUGAAAUAAUAGGGUGAUAUAGACAAGCUGUUUGUUGACAGUGUCCUGAGAUCUAAUGUUCAACAGAUAAAUAAACUUACUUUUGCUUUUUCAUUCCAGACACUCCCAGUGUUCUUAUCUAGACUCCGCACCAGUAUGAAUGUUACUUUACAGCGUUGGCUGUGGGACAGACAUGGGAGAGGAGGACAGUGAAAUAGAAAUUACUCCGCUUGCAGAGAAGAUGGAUGUAGAAAAAGCAGAGGGAUUAGAUCUUGUGUUCUCAUUGCUCAAAGGUGAUUUCUCCAGAGCUGCGGCUUUAUGGGAAAACGUAACCUCCCGGCAUGUUCCUUUGGCGCCAGUGAUCUGUAUCGUUACAGUUUUAUUCCUUAGUGUGAUUGUGCCUUUGAUUGUCCUUUUAUACAUCAGAGAACCCUGUUCAUCAUGCAAACCUUGUGGUUAUUCUGCCCCCUGUGAGGAGGACUGGAUCUGGUACCGGGGGAAAUGUUAUUAUUUCUCUGAGACAUAUGAUGAGUGGAACAACAGCCAGAACUUCUGUGCCUCCCACAAUGCAUCUCUCUCUCUCAUCGACUCCCAGGAGGAACUGGAUUUUCUAAGAAGACAUAAGGGUCUCUAUGACCACUGGAUCGGGCUGUACAGAGACAUUAAUGGGCCGGUGUGGGUCUGGGCCAAUGGAUCCUUGUUCAGAAAUACGUUCGCUGUUACAGGAGAUUCCCCGUGUGUUUACCUUAAUAACAACCGUAUUGGCAGCACAGAGUGUCAUGGAGACAAGAAAUGGAUCUGUAACAAAAUAGAUGCAAAUAGUCACAUGACACAUUUUUAAUAGGAGACACUAUGAGAUGUUGCCA